UGUACCGCGUCUGGGCGCGAAAGCUCGAACUUCGCUGCCGAGCUGGAGACGGCGGGAGCUGUCGCCGUCAAGUUGAGGUUACUGCGGACACGUUCUCCUGGAGCUGUGCGGAAGGGAGGCCGGAAUCAUGACCGGCGUGGUGGGUCCUGAGGUUAACCUGGAAGUCAACGAUCUAAAACUCCUUUCACAAGAAGCAGCAGACAGUACUGUAGACAGUGGACAGGGCAGCUUUGAAACACUCGAGCCCUUGAGUGAAAGAGAUUCUGAUGAAGAGAUUUUUGUGAGCAAGAAACCGAAGAGCAGGAAAGUGUUACAAGACAGCGAUUCUGAGGCUGAGGACAGAGACGAUGCUCCGGAGAAACCCACCUACGACGACAGCGCAGAGGACACUAAGGAGGACUUACACUCAGGGCAGAGUCAGAGCAGAAGCCUUCUCAAAGCCCUGGCUGACAGUGAUGAGGGUAACAUGGGGGAAACUCCGAGUCAGGAGAGUCCUGAGACUCAAGGGGCUCCUUCCUUGGAGCCAGGCCACCAGACAGGACACUCUGUGGGCUUCACCACCAACAGAAAGCUCUCCAAAACGCUCCACAGAGAAGGAGCUGAGGGAAAAGCAAAAUCCAAGAGACGGCUGGAGAAAGAGGAGAGAACAAUGGAGAAAAUCAGGAGACUGAAAAAGAAGGAAACAAGAUGUGAGGAAAGCGAUGCAGACCGGCCGCUUAAUGACAGUGGCUGCCUCCUUGAAGAUAGUGAUCUUUUUGAAACAGGUUUGGAGGAAGAAAAUGACUCUGCACUGGAAGAUGAAGUGUCGUUAGAGUCAAUAAGGGCAGCUGUAAAAAACAAGCUGAAAAACCGCAAGAAAAAGGAGCCAUCUCUGGAGAGUGAGGCUUUUUCAUUAGAAGACGGAAAUGAGUUAUCCAAAGGCAGUGCGAGGAAGGAAAGAAAGGCAGCGAGGUUAAGUAAGGAAGCAUUAAAAAAACUGCAUAGUGAGACCCAGCGUCUGGUCCGAGAAUCUGCACUUAAUCUUCCGUAUCAUAUGCCUGAGAGUAAAACUAUUCACGAUUUCUUCAAACGUAAGCCCCGGCCCACGUGCCAGGGCAGUGCCAUGGCCCUGCUAAAGUCAUGUAAGUAUCAGUCGGGCCAUUACAAGGAAACCAUACACCCUGCAGAUGCAGCUGGAAUGGGUGCUGAGGACUCCAGCAGAGGUUCUGAGCAGAGGACAGGGGCUGGAAUUGCAGCGGAAACUAAUGUUCUCUCUGAGGUCUCAGAAGAAGCCGGGAUCUCUGCUGGAUCAGAUGAGGCUUGUGGGAAGGAUCCGGUAAGACGAGGAGAGCUGGAAAUUGAGGAGACUGCGAAGCACAGUGAUGACAGACCUUAUUCUCCUGGGGACAGAUCCAUGUCACAGCAAGAACCCUCCAUCCCCAGGAUCGAAGACAAUGAGGGGCAUCAGGCUGGAGACCUCACCGAAUCUGACCCUCCUGCCCUGGAGGGAGAAGAACUGAAAACAGUAGAAAAAACAGACGCAAAAGAGGGAAUGCCUGAACAGAAAACCCAGUCUGCAGCGGCAGGGGCAGCAGCGGCGGCGGCGGUGGUGCCACCUGAAAAGGUGAGACGAUUCACCGUGGACCGACUUAGACAGCUGGGAGUGGAUGUUUCCAGUCAACCUCGGCUGGGCGCUGAUGAAGAUUCCUUUGUGAUACUUGAUGAACCUAAAUCCAACAGAGAAUUGGAAGCCUUGAAGCAGCGUUUCUGGAGGCACGCUAACCCAGCAGCCAGUCGCAGGGCUUGUCAGACGGUGAAUGUGAACAUCAUUGUGAAGGACUUGGGCACUGACGGGAAGGAGGAGCUGAAGGCAGAAGUGGUACCUGUCACUUUGGCAGCAGAGAAGCUGGAGGGAGCAAGCCACACAAAGCCAGGUGAAAAACUGCAGAUGUUGAAAGCUAAGUUGCAGGAGGCAAUGAAACUCCGAAGGCUUGAGGAGCGGCAGAAGCGCCAAGCAUUAUUUAAAUUAGAUAAUGAAGAUGGAUUUGAAGAGGAGGAGGAAGAGGAAGAAAUGACAGAUGAGUCUGAGGAAGAUGGAGAAGAGGAGGUGGGAGAGGAGGAGGAGGAGGAUCAAGACAUUCAGGAGACUACAGAAUAUCUUCUUGGUAGUGAAGAUACAGAAACCAAAGAUGAAAAAGAAACAGAUAAAGAAAAUACAGACACCAGUAGUGACAUUGGCAAGUCUGUUGCCCUCUGUGUCCCCAAGCCUCUCUCUUCAGACUCCACCUUACUUCUGUUUAAGGACAGCUCUUCUAAGAUGGGUUACUUUCCUACUGAAGAAAAGUCAGAAACAGAUGAACACUUGGGCAAGCAGUCUGACAAACUGGAUGAGGAUGACUCGAGUUCACUGCUAACAAAGGAGAGCAGUCACAAUAGCAGCUUUGAGCUGAUCGGUUCCACAAUUCCAUCCUAUCAGCCUUGCAACAGACAGAUAGGCCGUGGGGCAAGUUUUCUCCCUACAGCAGGAUUCAGAUCGCCGUCCCCUGGGCUGUUCCGAGGGAGUUUGAUCAGCUCGGCUUCUAAGAGUUCAGGAAAACUGUCUGAGCCUUCACUUCCCGUAGAGGAUUCCCAGGAUCUGUACACCGCCUCCCCAGAGCCUAAGACACUUUUCCUAGGAGCAGGAGACUUCCAGUUCUGUUUGGAAGAUGACACUCAGAGCCAACUGUUGGAUGCAGAUGGAUUUUUAAACAUUAGAAAUCACCGCCAUCGCUAUCAGGCUGUGAAGCCCCAGUUGCCGCUGGCCAGCAUGGACGAGAAUGCCAUGGAUGCCAACAUGGACGAGCUGCUGGAUUUGUGCACUGGACAGUUUACAUCUCAGCCUGAGGAGAAAUGUCAACCAAGGAAGAACGACAAGAAAGAAAACAUGGAGGAACUUUUGAAUCUCUGCUCGGGCAAAUUUCCUUCUCAAGAUGCCUCCCCAGUGGCUGCACUGGGGCUGAGGAGUCAGGAGAAGGAGAGCAGCACAGAAGACCCGAUGGAAGAGGCGCUUGCUCUUUGCUCCGGCUCUUUCCCAACAGACAGGGAGGAAGAGGGUGAAGAGGAGGAAUUUGGAGACUUCCAGCUUGUUUCAAAGGAGAAUGGAUUUGCUAGUGACGAGGGUGAACACAGUGACUCCAACGAUGAAGACCUGGCCCUGGACCUGGAGGAUGAUGAAGAAGAGCUCCUGAAGCAGUCUGAGAAGAUGAAACGCCAAAUGAGACUGAAGAAAUACUUGGAAGACGAGGCAGAGGUGUCAGGCAGUGACGUGGGAAGUGAAGACGAGUAUGAUGGGGAGGAGAUUGAUGAAUACGAAGACGACGUCAUUGAUGAGGAGCUUCCGUCUGAUGAGGAGCUGGAGAGUCAGAUCAAGAAAAUACACAUGAAAACCAUGUUGGAUGAUGAUAAGCGACGACUACGGCUAUAUCAAGAGAGGUACCUUGCUGACGGGGAUCUACACAGUGAUGGACCUGGACGAACAAGAAAAUUCCGAUGGAAACACAUAGAUGAUACCUCCCAGAUGGAUCUGUUUCACAGAGACUCCGAUGACGAUCAGGUUGAAGAACAGCUUGACGAGACCGAAGCCAAGUGGAGGAAGGAACGGAUUGAGCGAGAGCAGUGGCUUCGGGAACAGGCUCAACAGGGGAAAAUUGCUGCUGAAGAAGAGGACAUUGGGGACGACAGUCAGUUUAUGAUGCUAGCCAAGAAAGUCACAGCCAAAGCACUGCAGAAGAAUGCCAGUCAUGCUGUGGUUGUUCAGGAAUCAAAGUCUGUGCUCAGAAACCCUUUUGAAACCAUCAGACCAGGAGGUGCUCACCAGCUGAAGACAGGCUCCCUGCUAAACCAGCCCAAAGCUGUGCUCCAAAAACUUGCUGCCCUGUCUGACCUCAACCCCAGCGCUCCCCGAAACUCAAGGAACUUCGUCUUUCAUACACUCUCUCCCACCAAGGCAGAGGCAGCAAAGGACUCAUCUAAGCCUCAGGUCAGAAGAAGGGGACCGUCGUCAAUGAUGUCACCGUCUCCUAAGCGGCUAAAGACAAACGGAAGCAGUCCAGGGCCAAAGCGAAGCAUCUUCAGAUACUUGGAAAGCUAACGCCAUCCAGGAUGCCAGUGUCUGUGGAAAGUACUCAAACAGUUUUCCUGGGUUGACACCACUUUCAAGGCGAGGUGUUCGGAGGAGGAAGAAAGUGUGGCAUUAUAGAAAAUUACAGAAAGCACUGAAAGCCAGCCUGGGAUGAGGCUCCCACAGCCACACGACCCUUAACACAGUACCAGGCCGAGCAGUAUGCACCCGGCUGUUGCAUCGUCCUGUUCCUUCUGUGUCAUGUAAACUUCUAGUCUUGAUCUUCGAUUAACCUUCAUCGCCUUUGACAUGAGGACUUGAGCUGGUACCUAGUUCAGAAAGAGGUUAUCCCUCCCUUUCGGCAGUGUGAGAGGAAGAUAAAGGGUUAUACCCAGUGUCCACCCACACUGGAUAAUCAACAGAGAACAGACCUUCCCCAGGACUAGAGUUUCAACUUAAAGCAUUUGUUCGAGAGCCUCCCUCCCUUCUGCAGAAACCUGACCACUAUUUAUUGCUGCUUUGGGGCUGAGUUUCUUGCCCUGACCAUCAGAGGACAUUUUAAUAUUUCAUUACUAAUAUUGAGAGCAGACCAGUAGAAUUUAAUAAAAACGUUAAAGAGAACUGCUAUUAGUCGCUUUCUUUGACCAGCUACUAGGCUUUCAGAAGCAUAGACCAGUUCUCUUCUAUCAGAGCGGAAUUCGUGCUGCUUUGCAAAAACCAUUG